AUGGCCACAUAUGUUAUCACCGGCGUCUCGAGGGGUCUUGGUUGGGAGUUCCUCAACCAGAUUUCAAGCAACCCUGACAACACAGUUGUUGGCAUUGUCCGAAACAAGACCUCGACGGACAAGAGGGUGGCUGAAGAACUGAGUGGGCGAUCCAACAUCACCAUCUUGGAGGCGGAUCUUACCACUGCCGAAAGCUCUGUCGCCGUUACUGGCGGAAAAGUCGACUAUAUCAUCGCUAACGCAGGCUAUGUACCUACGUGGGACAUGUGGGACGGCCUUGAUGUCCUGGGAGAGAAGCCUGUGGAGUUCGAGGAGCAAUUCACCACUCUUUUGCGCACAAAUGUCAUCGGCAAUGUCUAUCUGUUCAACAGUUUCAUGCCGCAGGUCCUCAAGAGCAAGGUGAAGAAGGUGGCUACCAUCUCCAGCGGCAUGGGGGACAUGGAUUUCGUGAAAGACUAUGACAUUUCGAUGGCCCCUUUGUACGCUGCCAGUAAAGCGGCCAUGAACAUGAUCGCCGCCAAGUUCAGUGCCCAGUACAAGGAGCACGGCGUCCUGUUCUUGAGCAUCUGCCCCGGCAUGGUCGACGUCGGUCACUUCGAAACCGUGACGCCAGAACAGCAGCCUGCCUUGGAAAAAACCUUCGAGAAGUUCAAGAGGUACUCCACGACUUUCGAGGGCCCGGAUGCCCCGCCGGAGUCUAUCAAGGCUGUGCUGUCGGUCAUCAACAACUCCAGUAUUGAGAACGGAGCAGCUGGCGCUUAUCUAUCGCACUUUGGGAACAAGAGGUGGGUGUGA